CUUGCGAGAGUUUGAAAAUUAAAAUGGCGACCGCUCGUCGGUCUAUGCUUGAACAAAAUUCUCCUUCCCAGAAUGACCCUGGAAGAGAACUUUUUGAAGCUUGUAGAAAUGGAGAUUUAAACAAAGUGAAGAAGCUCGUUAAUACACAUAAUGUUAACUCUAAAGACACAGCAGGGAGGAAAUCUUCGCCAUUACAUUUCGCAGCGGGUUUUGGAAGGAAAGAUGUUGUAGAGCACUUAUUGGAAUGUGGAGCCAAUGUUCAUGCACGUGAUGAUGGUGGUCUCAUACCGUUGCACAAUGCAUGCUCGUUUGGUCACGCUGAAGUUGUACAGUUACUGCUACGACACGGGGCAGACGGGAAUGCCAGAGAUAACUGGAACUAUACGCCACUUCAUGAAGCUGCUAUAAAAGGAAAAAUUGAUGUCUGUAUAGUUCUACUGCAGCAAGGUGGUGAUCCAAAUAUUCGUAACACAGACGGAAAAACGGCCCUUGACUUGGCUGACCCCUCCGCUAAGGCAGUUUUAACAGGGGAAUACAAGAAAGAUGAGUUGUUGGAGGCGGCGAGGAGUGGGAACGAGGAGAAACUUAUGUCAUUGCUUACCCCUCUCAAUGUUAACUGUCACGCCAGUGAUGGAAGAAAGUCUACACCAUUACACCUGGCUGCAGGAUAUAACAGAACACGGAUAGUGCAGUUACUGUUACAACAUGGUGCAGAUGUACAUGCAAAAGAUAAAGGAGGGCUGGUUCCACUACACAAUGCUUGUUCUUAUGGUCAUUUUGAAGUCACAGAAAUGUUGUUAAAGGCUGGAGCGAAUGUAAACGCUAUGGACCUUUGGCAGUUUACUCCGCUACACGAGGCAGCCUCCAAGUCAAGGAUAGAAGUUUGUUCAUUGUUACUGGCACAUGGUGCUGAUCCCACUCUAGUCAACUGUCACUCUAAAAGUGCCCUGGAUUCUGCACCAACAAGAGAGCUGCUGGAGAGAAUACAAUAUGAGUUCAAGGGUCAUUCCUUACUAGAAGGAGCACGUCAGACAGACCUUGGUAGGACGAAAAAAUACCUGGAAGUUGUCUCAUUCAAACAUCCGUAUUCUGGUGACACUGCAUUGCAUUGUGCAGCAGAAUCACCAUUUCCAAAGAGAAAACAAGUUGUUGAACAUCUUGUUCGCAAAGGAGCAAAUCUCAAUGAUAAAAACAAAGAGUAUUUGACACCACUACAUAUAGCAGCAGAUAAGGCUCACUAUGAUGUAAUGGAUGUUCUUCUAAAACAAGGUGCUAAGGUAAAUGCUCUAGACAGUCUUGGGCAGACAGCAUUACAUCGAGUUGCUCAGCAAGGAAACAUACAAGCAUGUCGAUUGUUGAUGCAGUAUGGAGUAGAUACCAGUAUACGAUCACUGCAGGGCUACACUGCUGCCGAACUUGGUACUGAAAACAUACAGAAACUGUUGCAAGAUGAUCCAGCUCCGCAGGUUGGUACAGACAUAGAUUUACAGUUACUGGAGGCAGCAAAAGCUGGAGAUAUGGAGGUUGUUAAGAAGUUGAUUACGACACAUCCUCAUGCAGUAAAUUGCCGAGAUCUUGAUGGCCGUCAUUCUACACCUCUACAUUUCGCAGCUGGCUACAACAGGGUAGCUGUAGUAGAAUAUUUGUUACAACAUGGUGCUGAUGUACAUGCUAAAGAUAAAGGAGGUCUGGUACCACUUCAUAAUGCAUGCUCCUACGGACACUAUGAAGUUACUGAACUGUUGAUCAAGCAUCUGGCUUGUGUGAAUGUAGCAGACCUGUGGAAGUUUACCCCUCUACAUGAAGCAGCUGCCAAGGGCAAAUUUGAAAUAUGCAAACUCUUACUCAAGCAUGGAGCAGAUGCUAACAAGAAGAACAGAGAUGGAAACACUCCACUAGAUCUUGUCAAGGAGGGAGAUCAGGAUGUGGCAGAUCUUCUCCGAGGUGAUGCAGCCCUCCUGGAAGCUGCAAAGAAAGGUAACCUGGCUCGUGUACAGAAGUUAGCUACCCCUGAAAACAUUAACUGUCGAGACACACAAGGCAGAAAUUCUACACCCCUUCAUCUUGCAGCUGGCUACAACAAUGUAGAGGUGGCAGAGUUUCUCCUGGAGAAUGGUGCUGAUGUCAAUGUUCAAGAUAAAGGUGGUCUGAUACCACUGCACAAUGCCUCUUCUUAUGGGCAUUUAGAUAUAGCUGCAUUGUUAAUCAAAUACAACACGAGCGUGAAUGCAGUAGACAGGUGGGGUUUUACACCCCUACAUGAAGCUUCCCAGAAAGGCAGAACACAGCUUUGCGCUCUCUUGCUUGCUCAUGGGGCAGACCCAACAAUGAAGAAUCAAGAGGGUCAGACACCACUAGAUCUCACUACGGCGGAUGAUGUGCGAGCAUUGUUACAGGAUGCCAUGCCGGUUCCCAGUCAAGUCCCUGUCAUCUCAAAGAACGUUAGUAACAGCAGUAGUACAAGUUCAUCUUGUAAUAGUCUCUUCAGUGGAACAGCUGAUGGUUUAUCAGGGGCUGUGGGUGGUGCUCCAACUACGCCUCAGGGCGGGGAUGGCGCGAUUGAGCGCACUGUAGCUGAAGGGGAGAGAACUAUAGAAUCUAUGAGUGUUUCGUCCUUCCUUGGAAAUAUUGGCUUGGAACAGCUCAGAGACAUUUUCGAACAAGAGCAAAUAACAAUGGACAUUCUUGUUGAAAUGGGACAUGAUGAAUUAAAGGACAUUGGUAUUAAUGCGUAUGGUCACAGACAUAAAAUUCUGAAAGGUGUGGAGAAACUCCUGCAAGGCAAAGAUCUUAAUGAAGAGUCCGAUAUGAAGACACCACGAAGAAUUAUUGGUCCUGGUGGGACAUCAUUCCAAUCCAACCAAGGUACGGUGUUACUAGAUCUGUUACCGGAAGAUUCGGAGUACCAGUCGGUAGAAGAACAGAUGCAGAGUACCAUUCGAGAACAUAAAGAUCGUUCCGGUGGUUACUUCCAGACAUACACCAUACAGAAGAUCCAGAAAGUUCGCAACAAGAGGUUACUGGACAAGUAUAUGCAUCGUAAGAAGGAGGUGGCAGAUGAAAACCAUGGGCAUGAUAAUGAGAGGUUACUGUUCCAUGGUUCCCCAUUCUUACAGACAAUUGUACAGAAAGGUUUUGAUGAGAGACAUGCAUACAUUGGAGGAAUGUUUGGUGCCGGUAUAUAUUUUGCUGAGAAUUCAUCCAAGUCUAACCAGUAUGUGUAUGGUAUCGGUGGAGGCACAGGAUGCCCACAACAUAAAGAUAGAUCUUGUUAUAUUUGUCAGAGACAACUGAUUUUGUGUCGAGUGUGUUUAGGGAAGUCAUUUCUACAGUUCAGUGCAAUACGUAUGGCUCACGCCCCACCUGGGCAUCACUCUGUGAUAGGUCGACCGAGCAAUGGUGGGCUCUGUUACCCAGAAUAUGUAGUCUAUAGAGGAGAACAGGCAUAUCCAGAGUAUUUAGUGACAUUUCAAAUAGUUAAACCCCCAGAAGGGGCCUCGAGCACCGACUCGCCACAAAAACCAUAAGGAAUACAGACACAGCCAUUGUGCCAAGAAUCUAUGUGUUUAUUUAUUAAUUGGGAAGUAUAUGUUGGUGUUAUAUACAAAAUGUGUGCAAGACAGGCCAUGCAUUCAAGAUGGCAUGAAAAAAAUUGACAACUAAGGAGUUGAAACUAAGUAUUAGACAGUGAAAGGAGUUGGAGGAAAAGUACAAUUUAUAGCUGUGACAAAGUGGGAGAAUUCUUCGGACUGAUUGGUACUUCCGUGUAUUUAAAUGAAUGUCUUUGUAUAUACAGUUACAACAAAGUUGUGCUAAAUUAUGUACAUUUGAAAGAAAAAAAUCAUUUGGGGCUACAUGUAGCAAUGUAGAUAAAAAAUUCAGCUUGAAAACCUACAGAACACUACUUCUAGUAUGAAGCAUAAGUGGUGUACCUGUAAACAGGAAAUGUUCGGUUAUUAAGAAGUGUAAGAUAGUGUAAGAUAGUGAUGGGGUUGGGGAUGUUGGGUUUGAUAUGAUGUGACCUUAGUGCAAAUAGGUGGUUAGCUGGAAACAGUUAACCACUCUGUUAAGAUGACAAUAUAUUCUUGCUGAAAAAGUUUUACAAUGAUUGCAAGACUAUUUUCUUUUUAUAGAUAAUUUAAGAGAGAAAAACAGUAUGAUGAAUGCUACAUUAGAUAUAUUGUUCAGUAUGUUUUUAUUUGGUAAGAAUGUUGUGGUAUUCCAUGUGGGAAAAUUGUUUGAGAGUAGGCUAUUUUAGUUUUAAGUUGUUAUGAAAUCUUGUUUCCAUAAUUAUAUGAAUUGUCCAUAAUUGUUCGCUUUUAAAGCCUAUUGGAAUUGGAGAAACUGUUAGCGAACAGCAUGGAUCCUGACCAGACUGCGCGGAUGCACAGGCUGGUCUGGAUCCAUGCUGGUCGCAAACCCACUAUGUUGGUUUUCCCAUGGCACGGCUCAUAUGAAUUGCACUUGUUAAGCAGUUUAAGGUUUACAUGUAGAGGAGAGUAUGAGGCUAAAUGUGUGAUUUGUAGGGCAGUUUUAUUGGUAUUUUAGGCUUCCAAAGAAAGUUGCAUCUUGUUAUUCAUUUGGCUUAACAUAUAUUGGCCUUUCCAAAUCUGGCAGGCAUUUACUUUUCCAAUCAGAUUACAAAAGAAGUAUCAUGGGAUCACAUAUCUUUCAGUAAUUCUCAGUGCAGUUUGAUGUUAAAUAAAAAAAGGAUAUCGCAAGUGUGAGUUGAUUUAUUGAUGGAUUAUCUAAAAAACAAUUUGUCAAGCCAAAAAUAAUUGUAAAACCUGUAUGAAGAUAAAAAUAGUUUUUCUUGAAUCUGUAAAUAUCAGCGUUUUUUUUGGUUAUACAAAAAAAUGUACAAAAUUUUCCUUUAUAAAUGGUCAUUUGUGUAUUAAUGGAUUAUUAUUACCGUCGGCAGGUGUUGAAAACCCAGUAAAUUCAUUUUUGCAAAAAAACCCAUAAAAAACACAAACUUUUCAGCUGUAUAGAAUUUAGUUAUAUUGCAUGUUCUGUGAAAAUGAUGGAUAUCCUAUCCAGUCAGAAAGUGGCAAAAGUUUCAUGUGAUAAAUUAUUAAAAAUUCAGUGGUUUUAAAAACAUUAUUUUCUGACUGGCAUUGGGUCACCAAAGUCAUAAAUAAUAAUUGUAUCCUGAAGAUAAAUCAGUUUCAUCAUAGUUAAAUGAAGUUCAGAGAAAACCUUGUACAAGGACAUUCCUUCAAUUUUUAAUUUAGAACAAUUGUAUGUCAUGUAUUUCAACAUUUAUGAAUAUGUUGUUCUAAAAUCACGUAUGUGCAAUAAUUGAAGAAAUUUGAAACUUGAGGUGUGUCAUGAAUAGUGUUAUCAAUAAUGCUAUUCAUCGAAACUCGUGUGCAAGAAAUUUUGACCCUUUAAUGUCCUGAAAAGAUUUUGUCUCUCCAGAAAAGUUACAAAAAUGUACAAAUGUGGUUUUCAACACAUGUCGACGUUAUGCUUGUUUAACCCUUAUCACAGUGGACAUGAUUUAUUAUGCCUUAGUGACCAGUAAAGAUCAUGAUCAGCCUGCACAUCCGUGCAGUCUGAUCAUGAUCUGCACUGUGUGCCAUUCAGUCAGUAUCUUUUUGGAAAGCACCCUUUUAAACAGUCAAUGUUGCUGUCCAAACUGAAAGAUGGACAAGUUUAUUAUAGAAAUUUAGCAGGGUAAGGGUUGAUGCCAGAAUUCAUCCUAAAGCUGUUACGCGUUUUCAUUUUUAAACAAUCCUAGAUUUACAUGCUAAUGUAACUAUUCAAUUUUAAGACUGAUCCUACAGAAGGUUUUUUUUAAUGGCUUAUUUGUGUUUUUAAGAAUUAUUUAA